UUGUAUAACCAUAAAAUAAAUUUGUUUCCAUCGUUAUUACGAUUGUUAUUGACUAGUUAUUUUUUACUUUUUUAAUGGUUUUUACUAAUUAUUGAUAAUGUUCACAACUCGGCAAAAUAUGUCGAUAAAGUAAAGAACCUCCCCCUUCUUUGUCCUUUCCCUGUUUCGUGCUUCAUUAUAAAAUGUUGUUUUGACACUUCUCCAUGUGUAUCCAACAUUUUCAACAUAUUAUCGACUUAAAUAACAAUUAUUUUGUGCAAAAAACAGUUCAACAAUUUUGUGGAGUCUUUGGGUAGUGAAUUAUCGCCCUAAAAAGUAAAAUAAUUGAGUGACAAAAAAAUUCCAAAGUGUUAACAACAUCCUGCACCUGAAAUAGGUUAUAUUGUCAUCAACAAACCAUCGAAUAUUCAUUAAGUCGUUGAGAAAUUAAUUAAUAAACAAUGGCCCACUACAAAGGAGCAGCCAGUGAGGCUGGCAGAGCAAUGCAGUUGAUGAAAAAACGAGAGAUAGCCCAACAAGAAAUAGAACUUCGUAAAAAGAAAAUCGAAGACGACCUGAAGAUCCACAACAUCGAGAAUAAAUUCGCCACUCACUACAAUGCUGUUGAACAACAGCUGAAGACCUCGACGAUAGGCCUGGUAACCUUGAACGAGAUGAAAGCUAAGCAGGAGAACAUUGUCAAGGAACGAGAAAGAAAAUUAGCACAGAAGGAGAAAGAGAAGGAGCAGGAGAAAGAGAGGGCACUUGCAGCAAAACAGGCAGAGAAGAAUAAACAGAAGAAGCAGAUUCAGGCAUUGUCAUUUAAUCUUGACGAGGAUGAGGAGGAUUCGGAGGAGAAUUCUGAAGACGAUGAUGCAACACCAGCUGUCAAGAAAAUUAAGAAAAAUCCACACGUGGACACGAGUUUCCUGAGGGACAGGGAGAGAGAGGAAGAGGAGAACAGGUUGCGAGAGGAACUCAGGCAGGAGUGGGCUAUGAAGCAGAAUGCCCUCAAGGAGGAAGAGAUCGAGAUCACCUUCAGCUACUGGGAUGGUUCUGGACACAGGAGGAGUGUCAUGAUGAAGAAAGGUAACUCUAUCUAUCAGCUACUCCAACGGUGCCUGGAGGUCCUGCGACGAGAGUUCAGUGAACUCAAGACUGUCAUGGCUGAUCAACUGAUGUAUGUGAAGGAGGAUUUAAUUCUCCCUCAUCAUUACACAUUUUAUGACUUCAUUGUCACCAAAGCUAGAGGCAAAAGUGGUCCUCUAUUCACUUUCGAUGUUCAUGACGACAUCAGGAUGGUGCACGAUGCCUCGGUGGAGACUGAAGAGUCACAUGCUGGUAAAGUCUUACUGAGGUCUUGGUACGAGAGGAAUAAACACAUCUUUCCAGCGAGCAGAUGGGAGCCCUUCGAUCCAACAAAAAGCUACGACAAAUACACGAUCUCCGAUAAAAAGAAAAAAGAUAAAAAUUAGUAAUCGUUAUGUUCGUCGUCUUACAUUAAUUAGACUCAUCUUUGUAAUCAGUGGUCAAUAUAUUUUGCAUCUCAUCGUUAAUGAAGUAAGGAUUCAACCCUUUAUCGUCUGAAAAAUCCUCGAGUAAAUCAUUGAUUCGUUUUUUCUCUUCGUCAGUCAUGUUGAUGAUUUCCUCAUGAUCAACUUCGGAAUCUUCAGUUUUAUGUAAAUUCAAAAAAUUAAUUGUAUUCUUAGAGAGAAUGGCACACUCUGGUGGACUUGACAACAUCAUGUCCUUUAGUCUUUCACGAUUUUUAAAUUGUUCCUUCGAGAGGUCCUCGUUACCCUUCUGGAAUUACGGUAAAUCUCGUACAGAAUAUUUUUAACAUAAAAAUUCGUUUGCGAAAUACCUUUAUUUGUAGCUCCAGAUCGUGAAUAGAAGCAUCUAGCUCCUCAAUUUUUUUCAUUUCUUCAAGAAUAGUCUUCUCAUCCUCCUCGAUUUCCGAAGGAAGUUCGUUAUCACUCAUCGUUUAACUGAUUCAAUUUCUAUUAAAAAUCUAAGGAUUUUCUGUCUUAUGGGGGAAUUUCAUUGACUUCGACCAAUCAAUUCGUUGCCAUGACGAAAAUAAUGAAAGGAAAAAACCUGUGAAGUGCUGUGCAAAUGUUUCCUUGAAAGUAAGAAAAUAUCCGCAACUGUCUCUUCAAUUAGCACACGAAUUUGUUAAUUAAAUUCAACAAACGUUCAAUGAACCCUACAAGUUAUAGAACAUUCCAA